AUUAGUAUCAAGAAUUCCGAUUAUGGUUACCGUACUGAUUUAAAUUGCUACGUGUUUAUACAUAAGCUAAAAUAAUGUUUAAAAAAGUGAUAAACAUAAGUACAUUUGAUUGGCUUAUAUUGCUUGGUUUCCAAAUUCUACAAUGUACAUCAGAACUUAUUUCUGGGGGAACGUUCCAUAUAAAAAAGAGAAUGAAUGGACAUAUCAUUCAAAUUCUCAGUAAUAUGGGGGCUAAAAUGUGUUUACGUCAUUGUCACCGCUACAAAGACUGUAACGCUGUGAACUAUUUACCAGAAUUACUUAAAUGUCAGUUGCUGGCUCUUACUGCUGAAGAUGACCAUUUAAUCUUGGAUUCAGAGUAUAUGUUCUCUAAUAUGACGAAUUGGGAUAUGGAUAAAGACAGCUGCUGGCCUACUAAUCCGUGCCAAGAAGAUACAAGAUGCCUACCAACUCAUUUAAACUGUCAUGUCUGUCUAACAUUUGUCACACCAUGUACAGCUAGUCCUUGUAUACAUGGAUAUUGUAAUAUAACUAAUGCUGGUUAUAAAUGUACAUGUGAUGCGGGAUACUUCGGUGUUAAUUGUAAAGAUUCUUGUACUGGAUCGGGAUGGAUAUUCUAUGAAACAACGUGUUACUACUUCAGCAGCGGCACAGCUUCUUGGCAAAAUGCACGGACGGACUGUAACAAUAGAAAUGGUAAGCUGGCUGAACCUGACACUAGUGUUGAGAUAUCAUUUUUGAGAAACAAAGCAAAUGAGUUCGGAGGUACGUUUUUUAUUGGAGGCACAGAUAGCCUUAGUGAAGGUUCAUUUAAAUGGGUCAGUAGCCAGACAUCAAUUACUAUUACUGACUGGUAUACGGGAGAACCUAACAAUGGUGGAGGCGAACAGGAUUGUGUGUGUAUUGCAUAUUACCAUAGCUAUAGAUGGGACGACAUUGAUUGUUCAAAAACUGAACGAUAUAUUUGUGAAAAGCCAGCAAAUGUAUCACCUUGACGACGGUAACAGAUCAAGUUAAAGACGAUCCUAGAUUUUCAGUCGAAUGAACUUUUCCUGUCAUCGAUCAAACUAAAUAAUAGUAUACCAGUUAACAUUUUAUGGAUGUCGUUUGAUCUUAAUUAUAAAUGGGACUUAUUGGUUUCAAAAGGAGUGGCAAUUGGACAUCAUCUUUGGUUAUCUAAAUUCAAUAAUAUGAUAAUCGAGCCUUCGGCGAGUUUAUUUUAACUAUUCAAAUUAUAUAACUAGAGCUGAUAUCAAGCGAUAUCCAAUUCUCACGAGUUGUUAAACCUAUUUCUCUUAGAGUAAAAUUGUCUUUGUGUUAAAUUAAAAGUCGAUCUGGUCUCUUGUAAAUAUCAGUAUCACGUCUAGUGUCCAGCUCCGGUGUCAAACUUGAAUACCAGACAUGUUAAAACUUUUGAAUGUGAUCAAAUUCUACAAAAAAUAAGAUUUUCAGGAGAAAAUUAUGAGCGUUUUGUUUAUUAAGAAAGAAAUAACAGA